GGGAGGGUCAUCAUCAGCAAGCUAUAAAACAAGGACAAAAACGUUAUACCCUAGUUUCUGCAGAAUUAUCAUCUGACAAGCAGGACAAGCAGGACCAACUAAGAAAACCAAACAUUGCAAGAAUGCAGCUCCAGGUCAAAUUUCUGAACGGCGAGACCUACCCCCUGGAGGUGAGCCCAAGUAUGACCGUUAGAGAUCUAAAGAAACGCAUCCAGCUGCUGAGUGGCGAUGCACCUGCGCGUCUGAAGCUCAACGCCAACGGGACCAACUUCAGCAAUGAUUCCAGUACACUCAGUGCCAUCGGCUUGCAGUCUGGUCCCAUCAUGGCUCUGGUACAGGAUCCCGCACCUAUCCAGGUGUUCCUAAAGAACGAUAAGGGUCUGAUAAAAACCUAUGACGUGGUGCCAGGUGAAACAGUCACCGAAUUCAAAAGCAAGGUCUACAACAAGGAGAAGGUUCCAGUGGAGCAGCAGAGACUGAUCUACAAUGGCAAACAGCUGGAAGAUCGACGAAAGCUGGAGGACUAUGGCAUUGAGUCAGGGAGCACCAUCCAUCUCAUGCUCCGACUCAGAGGAGGUUGAUUUGAAAAUGGACAGGAUCUAUUUAAUUUAAAACGAUUCAUUCCGACAAUUAAUGUUUUUAUUUAUUAUGAACUAAGCCCAUUCAGCCUGUAAUGAAAGAAUAUGAAAGAAGUUCAUUCUACUUCUGGAUUCUUCUGCACUUCCCUUUUUUCUGUUGUUUGUUUGCGUUUUGGCUGUGUUACUGUGGACACCAGUGUAAUUGCAUUGCACCAGUGUAAUUCAUUAGUCUUGAAUAAACAUUAUGUAA